GAAAAAAAACAUUAUUGUCAUGUAUUCAGCUCUUCAGCAGGAUGUUCAGGUGAAGCUUGGAGCUGACGUCACUCUCCAGUGUCAGAUUUCCACAGAUGAAAUAAUCUCAGUGCUGAAGUGGAGCAGAGCUGACCUGAACACAGACGGCUACGUCUACUUCUACCGGAACAAACGCUCCUAUGAAAACUACCAACAUCCAUCUUUUCAUGGCCGAGUGAAGCUGAGGGACCCGGAGAUGAAGGAUGGAGACGUUUCUCUGAUCCUGAAGAACGUCACGUUUAAUGACACUGGGAUGUAUGAGAGUCACGUAGCUGUGAGGAACCCUGUGAGAAGUAAAAGAGCUCACACUGAGAUCAGUCACUUCAUCAACCUCACAGUCACAGCUGAAACACAUGAAAGCGUGUCGGAGAAAAAGGAUGGAAAAAGGAUAUGCCGAUGGAAACAUGGAUGAUGCUGAAAGGGUCGGAGCUCUGACUCUUCAGGUUGUUGUUCCUGUUGUUGUUGUUGUUGCUGCUGCUGUUGUUGCUGUUGUUUCCGUUGC